UCCCUUUUUCCCCCAACCCUGCGUGAAAAUAAAAUUGCUUGGCUAUAUUUGGAGAGAGCUGAUGUCACAAGUGGUUUGAGCAGAGAGUUUAUAAACUGUGACAUCCUGACAAACCAUCAGACUGCUCAACAGACAGACGAGGACGAAACGUUACACCCGGAAGUCAUCAGCACCAGAAACACCAUGUAUCACCUGAGAGUGCCUGUGUUUCUCCUGGCGGCGCUUGUGUUGCUCCGCUGCAUCGCAGCCGCUCCAAGCCUCAGGUACUUCAGUUCCGGCUCCUCCGACGAUGGCGAGCAAGAAAAUGCUCUUCCAGACAAGGAGAGCAGGUCACUGCCUGAGCUAAUCGCCGACCAGUUCCUCGGCGUCACGGGCGCCAGGCCUGAGAGGGGACUCACAGCAAUGAACAGUCAUCACGUACAUAAGAGAAAGUGCAACACAGCUACCUGUGUGACCCAGAGGUUAGCAGACUUCCUGGUCCGGUCCAGUAACACCAUCGGAACGGUCUACGUCCCGACAAACGUGGGCUCGAGCACCUACGGCAAGAGGGACCUACAUCAGCCUCCCGACUACCUGCCUUUCUAGUACAAACUGGGAGAAUACCCCAGUGACCUAAUGAUCAUGUGUUACAAUGAAUGUGAGAAUGUCGACUCCAUAAGAUGAUUUUAAAAAAAAAAUCAUUUGAUAAGCAUCAAGACUACAGUGCCUUUGAGUUAAGCCUUCUGAAUCCAUGUAUGUUUUCUUCCAGCUUUGUGAAUGUCGUAAAUCACAGCACUAAUGAAAUGG